UCUAGCUCCAUUUUCACGGCAUACGACACGGCCACCACUGCUGCAUAGCCCACGAUCCACGUCUCGUUGCAAGCGACAAUGACCAACUUGGAUUAUCUCGCAGAAUCCAGGCUAAGAAAGCUAGAGGAGCUUUACACGUUCAUCAACGAUCCGUUGUUAGAUACACUAACCUCCAAGAAUGAAGGGCUAUCCAAGUUUCUACAGCAAAACGACAUCGAAAACAGCGAGAAUUUCGACCUACGCAGCUUGCUGGACGAAAAUGGCCUGGCCAAGAGCCUCGAAAACUGGAUUGUUCUGUCGAUGGAGAAAACGACCUUCCAUCCCAGCCAGCCGUCGAAACGGAAGGCAGAUUUCGAUUCGCUGGACGACAGAGCCCGUAAGAGGCACCACUACAAGCCAAGUGGAUCCAGGAGUUCCCGACAGGCGUCAGGUUUCAACACCAGACAGCCAAAGAAGGCUUCCGCAGUCAAGUCGUUAAGAUCACAAGAAGAGGUGUCCCAGGAAGAGAUGGAGGAGUUCCUCACCAAGGAUAUCAGUGAAGUGGAAAUACUAUCGAUCCCAGAGCAUUACCCUACCAAGCCUCACACCGUGUCGUCGUUGGCAGAAUUAUAUUACCUAACCCAAACCCUUCCAUUGAUCAAGCUCCUUCCAGGGAGCCACAAGGUGUUGAUGACCGACAACUUCGAGCUCGCUUUGUUGGAAGGUAAAAUAGCCGUGUUGUACUCGCGGAUCGAGGAGCUUAAGAGGCAAGGAAAAUGGUCAUUGCGCCAACCACAGAGAUUCUACGACCCGUUCGUGUACUUGAAAAAGAAUAAGAAGCACACAUACCACUGGGACAGCAUGGUGCAAGAAGGGAAGUGGAUGGCAGCGGAUUUUAAGGAGAGUUCCAAGUACAAGAAAGCGUGUUGCGUGAUAAUUGCACAGGCUGUGAAGGAUUAUUGGGUGCACGGAAAGUCCGUGUGUAUAAAGCCCAAGGAGAUAGUACACUUGCCUGAAAAUCUGGCUGUGGAUAUAGUUAAGGAGGAAACCAGUUUGGUAGCUCCAGCACAACCAGGAGAUGAUGAGGAAGUCAAGGUUGAAACACCUUCAGCAAUCGAGAUCCUCGACAAAGAUACUGCAAAUGCAGAGCUGGCCACUGAAAAAAUUGGACAAGAUCCAGAGUCUAUCGAUACCAACUUGAUCUUCUCAAAGAAUUCCACAGCAGAUCCAGAAGUCAAAUUCUCGUUUACAGACUACUCCAAGAUUAAUGACGAGGAUAUAUAUAAGUAUAAAGGAUCCACCGAUGACAGGAGUCCAUUCAAGUUGCAUGUUGACCUCAACGACCUCAAGAAGAUUGACCAAUCGAUCAUUAAGAACUUGCCAAAGUUCUCUGCAUUCGAAGAAGAAGCUCCAAAUGGACCUGCGCCAGCAUUGAAGCCAAAAGACACUCCUUUGAUUCCCGUUUCGCGCUUGUUGCAUCCAUUCGAGGAAGAUGAUGAUUGGUACAAGAUCGUCAUAAAAGAAGCCAACAAUAAAUCAAAUUCCCCCGACUCCUCUGGCCCUCCCGAGUACCAGAAGGGACUUUUUGGCUUCCAAUCACACCGUCGCUUCAACUACUUAAAGCCUCCAAAGCCUCCCUUGAUCAAAAACAUCGAAUAUCGCUCUCCUACCAUUUGGUUGCCCCAGGAUGACAAGUACUUGAUUCAUUACGUGGCUGAAUUUUGCUUCAACUGGGACUUGAUUUCAGAGCAUCUUCUGUCGUCUGCCUCGACCUUGAAGAAGUAUGAAUCUAAUAUCGAGAGAAGGACGCCAUGGCAAUGUUUUGAACGGUACAUUCAAUUGAACGAGAAGUUCCAAUUUUCCGAUAUGAAAGGAGUGUAUUCGUACCACGCCCAGCAGUGGCUCGAACAGGCCCACAAGGCGCAGCUGACUACCAAGAGAAGAAUAUCGCCUUUGGGUGUUGGAGCGGAAUCCAUUCAGAGAGGCCACAGAAGAUUAAGAUGGGCCUCUCUUUUUGAUGCGAUAAGAAAAUGCAUGAAGAAGCGGGAGAUAGCCGCAGCCAAGAUCAAUAAUAGAAGAACCACCGAUUAUACUUCGGGUACAACGACUUCGGCUUCAACCGCCACCAAUCCAGGGACUGCUUCUGCUAAUAACACCACCACCACCACCACCGCUUCGAAUGCAAACCAAUCAGUAUCCAGCGCAGGGCCAAAUCCAGCUACAAAACGGGUGCUUGAUAGGGUCCCAACACCUGCUGAAUUGGCGAAAUUGAAGUUUGAGAGAGAUAAGUCGAUCCAGGAAGCUUACUUAAACCAACAGGCUACGAGAUCUAGAAUGAUGGCUGCAGUUGCGCAGCAGCAGAAGCAACAACUGCUCAACAAUAGUGGACCUCGAGGUCUGUUCCAACCAGGAGCAGCUGCCAAUAGCAGCAAUGCCUCUGCAGCUGCCAACAACAGCAACAUUGGGCCCCAACAAAGAGUGCCUGUGGGAGUGAACUCCACAAAUCUUCCACCAAAUUCCAAGAUUGGUUCCAGCUCGGCUCCAGCUCAAGUCUCGGGGCAGGCACCACCUGUGAAUAACCAAAGGGCAAGGCCAAACACGUUGCCUACGGCAAACAAACGUCCCACCACUCCCAAUGGUACUCCCUACACUCCCGAGCAAAUCCAGCAAUUGCUUCAAAUCCAGAAACAGAGGAGGUUGAUGCAACAGCAAAACCAACAGAACCAACAGGUUAAAGGGGCUGGCAGUCCAUUGAGUAACAGUGCCAUGUUGCCAAAUGGUUCCUUGCCCAAUAAGACGUUGGCAAAUAACCAGAAUAGCAUUUCCAAUCCGCAGAUUCAGGGCCAACUGCCUCAAGUAUCUAAUAGCUCCCUUCUGGUGCAACCGCAGGCACAACCAGGCCAAUCUGCCCCCCCAUUGCAGCAAUCCAAUCCACAGACAGGCUCUUCUGGGACUCCUGUAACCAAGCCACGGAUCCAUUUUGCACCGGCACAAGUGUCUGCCAUUAUAAACUCGAUCCAGCAGAAAAAUCCCGGUUUCAGCAAGGAGCAAGUCACCAAGCUUGCGGCUCAAUACUUGGCGAACCUUCAGCAGCAACAGCAGGAGAGAUUUAACCAGCAACAGCAACAGAAUAGGUUGAACCAGCCAUUAGCAAGUGGAUCCAACCCGCAACUGUUUCGUCCUGGAAACUCGCUGCAGACAGUCCACAAGCAAACACAAAUAGCAACGCUUACUCCCCAGGAAAGGAACCAACUCCAGAUGCUCAAGGCUGCGAAAACAGCUCAGCAGCAGCAGUUGCAGCAGCAGCAGCUUCAGCAACAGCUGCAGGGUUUGGCAGCUCGUAAAAGCGGGUCACCUAUAACUGGUUCUAGUUCUCCUUUGGAUAUGAAUAGUUUGUCGAAAUUGGAGUACGAGCAGCGCAAGAAGGCCAUGAUACAAAAGCAGCAGCAGCAGCAACGGAUGUCUGGGGUCAAUAUGUCGCCUUUAUCAGGCCUGACUACUCCGCGGAUGUCUUCUGGGUCUUCUCCAGCACCAGGAUCGGGGUCACCUACCAAUUGAGGGAGUGAUAAGGCAUGAAUCUAGAAUAAUGGAGGAGAAUGUAUACUAGUAUUUUGAAAUUAUUAAUAGGGUUAUUGCAUAGGAUUAAUUCGAGUGUAUUAAUAUAGGGUAGAUAUGAAUAUUGAAACG